AUGAAGAGAAUAAUUUAUAAAGUCUUCGUAGGUUUAUAUGAACGCGUUGGUUUAGGUAAAAAAUUUCAUCCAAGUUAUGAUAUAAUUUUAAUUAUAGGUGGUUCUUCAAACAAGUUAGGCAUUGAAAUCUGUAAAACCUUUAUCGAAGAUUAUCACACGAAGGUUAUAAAUGUUGAUACAGUAGAUAAUAUCGAUGAGAAAGAAAUAAAGAAAGCGAGUAGUAAAUUUUACACUUUUAUUCCGUGCAAAGAUUUCAGCAACAUUGAAUAUCUUGAAGAAUCCUUACUGGACGUGCAGAAGUUGGAAAUAUAUCCCACUAUCCUCAUCAACAAUAUGCAAGAGGGUAUAGAAUCAACUUUUCUAAGGGAAGAUCAGUUUCCAAAGCUCAAUGAAGAAUCAUUGUGCGAAUUCGAAAAAAUUGUGAGGUACAACCUACAAAGCAUAAUAUUAAUAACAAAAUUUUGUAUAAGUACGCUUUUUCCAAAGGCACAUGUUGGACUUCAAACGGAAAUGAAGAGAUUUUAUAUUAUCAAUAUAUCAACGGUGUUGACAUUAAGGCCUUCAAAAGUGGGCACACAUUUCAUUACUUCCAAAAGUGGUAUAAAUUCAUUUCACGAUGGAAUAACCUCUGAGCUUAGCUUGAAGGAUAGCAAUUUAAAUGUGAAAACACUGCUUGCAUAUUUGCCCGAUUUUAAAAGUCAUGAACACUGGGAAAAUCUUUCACCGACCAUUUCAAAACAACUUGUAUGCUGUUUAGUCGAUGGAAGGUACGGAGAUACUGUUCUCGGAAGCAAAAGAUCAAUCGGUGACAUUCUUUUGUUGGCUGAACUUAAAAAUUCAUUUAUUGAUAAUUAG